AUGACUACUUGGAUCUUGAACCUGAAGCUUACGAUCAUUCCAGAGCCGCAAGCGGGAUCAAAUGUUACUUCCCAUGCACUGUCUGCUCAGCUUCUGAUUAGAAUCAAAGCUGGAAACAUCACCGAGUCAACACUCGCGGACGCCGCCUUUUUGGUCACUCUGCGACAGGAAAUAUUUAUCUCCAAUCUAACCCAGCAACCUAUGGGAUCGAUCGCCGAGCAUUGUAAUAUCGAUACGUCUCUGAGCCCAACAUCCGACCCAAUGUGGGCAUACAGAGCAAUUGCCCUCUCAGCGAAAGUCACGGAUUUUGCCUACGGAGAUAACGAAUCCCGAACACAACAUAAAUGGCAGGCUCUAAUGCAAUACCUUAAUGAAUGGGAGUCCCUGCGCCCUCCCUCAUUUGAACCGAUUUUCCGUGAAUACGAACGCAGCUCGUCUAAACCCUUUCCAAGACUGCAAUUCUGUAACGAUUAUCAUGUGGCCGCGAGCCAAUAUAGCGAACUCUCUCGCAUUCUUCUGCUGGCAUCUGAUCCUAGUAUUUGCAAAAUACGCAUCAGGAUAUUGGGUCAAGGCCGGAACCACGAUGACGCUAUUCGUGAAUCUGUCAGGCUUAUAUGCGGGGUCGCUUUGGCUAACAGGCAAUACAUGCCAGCACGGUCAACAGCGGGACUCGCCAUUUCUAUGUGCGGGGAACUAUUCCACGAUCCAAUUGAGACAGGUGUGCUUCUGGAGCUGCUCACUGAUGCCGAAUCCCAUCUUGGUUGGCCGUCCUUGAAAGUGAAAGACGAUCUCAAGCAGUUGUGGGGAUUAUCUGAGAUGUAG